ACGAAGAUCAGGAACAAUUGAAGUGUUUUGGAGCGAGGCGUUAUAGCUGGCGGCUAAGUGUUAGCCGCCUCGUAACAUUCCAUUGUCAGCAGCCGGGCUGAGCUAGCCGUGCUAGCCGGUCAGCGGCUGGUGAAAGGACGACUACUUUACACCAAGCCGAUGUUCACGCUUUAUCGUCACAUAUCGUGAUACGUUUUCGAACCUCCAGCGAGCGUGUUCGAGUUCGGAGUGAAGCGGCUCUUUCGCGGCGGGCUGCUGUGUGCGCUCCUUGUUGGGCUAAUGCUAAUGCUAGCGGCGGAGGCAGCUGCUUCUGGUUUAGCAUUAGCAUUAGCUCGUCACGGGUUGUCCUCAAGUUUUGCCUCAAUUUUAGCUCACAAACCAACAAAUGCUUGUUAGUGUGUUUUCUGUCUGUUGUGCAUGUGUUCUUGUAAGGCGUGUGAGAUUGUGACGUUUUUUUUUCCUGUUGUGUGCGUAGUUGUAACGUGUGUGCGUGUAAUUGUAGGAUGUUUUUUCAGUCGUGUGAUUGCCUGGUUGUAACGUGAGCGUUAUUGUGACUUGUUUUUCCAUGUGUGUGUGUGAGAAGUUUUUUUCUAAUAUGUGUGUGAUGUUUUUUUCUGUUGUGUGUGAAUGGUUGUAUCGUGUGUAUUAUUGUGACAUGUUUUUUUUCCUGUUGUGUGUGUGAGAUUGUGACGAGUUUUUGUGUGUGAGAGAGAGGUUGCGACGUGAUUGUGAUGUAAUCACAAGAGUGGUCCAAUCAUGUUCGUCUCUUCUCCAUCACACAACAACACACCCGUUUGGAGAAUUGAUUGAUUGAUUGGGAAUUGGGUGUGUGUGUGUGGGUGUCCUGGGCAAUAUUGUUAUCUGAUUGAAUGUUGUUGUCUGUCCACAGAGACCCCCCCCCCCCCAUGAAUCCUCUCAAUCAGAUGAAGGGCGGACUGGCCAGCAACCCACACAGCGAGGGUCCGUACGGGUACGAGCCCCCCGGAUGGCAGCAGCCCACCAACCAGCCCCCGGGGUCCCUGUCGGUGGUCACCACCGUGUGGGGGGUCACCAACCCCUCGGCCACUCAGGGCCUGGGCAGCGGUGUGAUGGGGCCCGGGGGCAACCCGGCCGGUGCGCCCGUGAUGCAGGGCCCCGGCGGUCCAUCCGUGGCGGGGGGCUACGUGGGCGAGCAGAGCUAUGGGGAACCCAACAACAAGGCCUACCUCAACCAAGGCGUGUACGGCCGGCCCAGCGGGGGAUAUGUGGGCGGAUACCCGGGAAGCUACCCCCCCAAUCCCAGCGGGUCCAGAGGGGCGCCGGACUUCACGCAGGCGGCGGCCGCCGCCGUGGCCGCCGCCGCCGCCACGGCCACCGCCACGGCCACUGCCACCGUGGCCGCCAUCCAGGAGAAGCAGAACCAAGAAAUGAACUAUGGACAGAUGGUCGGCCCCUCGUACAACAACCAGUUCAUGGCCCACUCGGUGCCGCGCGCCCCUCCCGGAAUGUCACCCGGAGGCAUGGGGCCGGGGCCCGGACCCACCAGGGGCCCCACGUACGGGCCCGGAGGCCCCCAGAGGGUCACGCAACACCAGAACUACGCACCCGUGCCGCAUCAGGCUCAUCUGCGGCCCCCGCAGGGUCUGAAGCGCGCCUACAACUCAGAGUCUUUCCCGGGGGUGUCUCAGCAGUACAGCGUUCCUGUUGGUUUCGGUCCUGGCGGAGCCGCCGGUUCCGUGCUGGGUUCGGGCGGGGGCGGACCACCUGGACCCGGCUCGUACUCUCAGUACCACCCAGGUGCUGGUGGUCCAGUCCCGGCCCCCUCCUACCAGAAGAUGUCCCUCCCCCAGUGUCCCCCCAACUCCCAAUACUACAAGCAGGAGCCGUUCAACAGUCAGGGCGGAGCUUUAAGUGUGAUGUCAGCAGGGGGCACUGCAGGAGUCUACACCUCCUUUAACCAACCUUCUGGGCCUGGCCGAGGGUUAUCAACCUACCCGAACUCUCCGGUUCCCGGGAACCCGACUCCGCCCAUCACGCCGGGCAGCUCCGUGGCGCCGCCCUACAUGUCGCCCGGCAACAGUGACGUCAACAAACCCUCCUUUCUGCCCGACGUCAAACCGGCCCCGCCCACAGGUAACCCGAGCGACGACCUGCGUCUGACCUUCCCGGUGCGAGACGGCGUGGUCCUGGAGCCCUUCAGGUUGGAGCACAACCUGGCAGUCAGCAACCACGUCUUCCAGCUCAGAGACUCCGUGUACAAGACGCUAGUCAUGAGGCCAGACCUGGAGCUUCAGUUCAAGUGCUACCACCAUGAGGAUCGGCAGAUGAACACCAACUGGCCAGCCUCUGUCCAGGUGAGCGUGAACGCCACACCGCUGACCAUCGAGCGCGGCGACAACAAGACGUCGCACAAGGCUCUGUACCUGAAGCGCGUGUGCCAGCCGGGCAGGAACACCAUCCAGAUCACCGUCACCGCCUGCUGCUGUUCACACCUGUUCGUGCUGCAGCUGGUCCACCGUCCGUCGGUGCGUUCGGUCCUUCAGGGUCUGAUGAAGAAGAGGCUUCCCGCCGAGCACUGCGUCGCCAAGAUCAAAAGGAACUUCAGCAGCGGCACCAUUCCCGGGACCCCCGGGCUCAACGGCGAGGAUGGCGUGGAGCAGACGGCCAUCAGGGUGUCGCUCAAAUGUCCCAUCACCUUCAGACGCAUACAGCUGCCGGCCAGAGGCCACGACUGCAGACACAUACAGUGUUUCGACCUGGAGUCGUACCUGCAGCUCAACUGUGAGAGAGGAACAUGGAGAUGUCCCGUGUGCAACAGUAAAACGGCGCUGCUGGAGGGUCUGGAAGUGGAUCAGUACAUGCUGGGAAUCCUCAUCUACGUUCAGAACUCCGAGUACGAGGAGAUCACCAUCGACCCGGCGUGCCGCUGGAAGCCGGUCCCGGUCAAGCCGGACGUCCACGUCAAGGAGGAGUCGGACGGCCCGGUCCCGAAGCGCUGUCGGACCCUCAGCCCGAGUCACGUGGUGCUGCCCAGCGUCAUGGAGAUGAUCGCCUCCCUGGGCCCCGCCCCUUCCUCGGCGGGCGGACGCGGCGACACCCCCGACUACGCGGCGACAGCGUAUGCCGGUCCGCCGCCGUUCUCGGACUUGAGCGCGGGCCCCUCGACCCCGGGUGCGGUCGGGCGGGACUUCUCGUCGCCCGGCCCCCCGCCCCUCUCCUACCAGUCGGAGCUGCCCGCCGGCCUCCUCGCCGCCGGCGGCGGCUUGCCGGCGCCGGCGGGACAGAUGACUUGCCACCGCGUGCCCCUCCCUCAGCAACCGUCUGUCAGUCUCCACGGCAACCCCCAGGCGGGCGGGGGCGUCACCCACACGCUGCAGCAGCGGAGCGACCAUGACACUCGUCUCCAUGGCAACGCCUUUGGACUCGGGCCCGGCGCGGACGUUCCGGAAGCUUCUCUCGACCUGCUUCCCGAGUUGAGCAACCCGGAUGAGCUGCUGUCCUACUUGGGCCCGCCGGACCUCCCCAAUGGCGGCGGCGGCGGCGGCAACGACGACCUGCUGUCACUCUUCGAGAACAACUGAGCGGGCGCGUCCACCUGCGACCGUUCCUCGCUCGUCUAACCACAAUCAAGACUUUGAUUUGUUUUUGUUUUUUCAAAUUUCCUGUUCAAGUCCCCACCCCAAACAUCCUGACGUCCACGCGUCCGUGAACGCGUCACGGACGGAUUUGCUCGGAUUUUCGCGUCGCUGCGCCAAAGUUGGCGCUUGAAGCAAAAUGCCACCAAUCCGGGCAAACAAAUCACAAAAAUAUCCAUCCAGCUUUUUUUCCCCUUUUUAUUUUCUUUCUUUUUGUUCUGUUGGCACACAGCUAGCCCCCGCCUCCUCCGGGAGCUCCUCCGGCUCCCGCACGACGGACAGGAAGUGCACAAAAGUGGUACGGGCGACUUCCCGCUUCCCCGGUUUCGGUCGGACGCCGGUCGGGAGCCGUCGGAUCGGGUCGUCGCCCGGACUCGGACGCUCGUUUGUGUGCCGCUCUGCUCGUAAACAUGGCUGCUGACCUUGCUUCCUGGCAUGGUCAACCUCAUUUCCUGUCCGUGACACGGAUGUUGUGCCGUGGCUCAAUAAAGUCGACAUGAUUCCUAGUGCAAAAUUAAACAAAUAUGUUUCUUUA